GGGUCUAUCUGCCUGACUCUCCUUCCCUCAGCAGAGUCUCUCCUCUUGCACCACCUCAGCACUACAGACCCCCUCUGUGACCAUGUCUGUCAGAGCCUUGAAGACCACCACCUACUCCACUGUGUCGACCUCCCGGAGUCCAAACCAGGGCUUCAGCAGCCGCUCCUUCUCUAGCUACGGAGGCCGUGGUGUGGGGAGUGGCAGGCAGAGCUACGCUGUCCGCAGCUCCUAUGGGGGAGUGGGCAGCAGUGGUGCUGCUAUGGGUGCAGGGGGAUUUAAGGUGGUUGGUGGGUAUGCUGCUGGGGGAUCUGGACAGAGAGCAGGUGGAGUGGAGUUUGGCUAUGUAGGCUAUGGUGGAGGUAUGGGAGGUGGAAUGGCCAAUGAAGUGGCUCAUGUCCCUAUCACAGCAGUGACUGUGAACAAGAGCCUGCUGGCCCCCUUGAACCUGGAGAUCGACCCCACCAUCCAGGCUGUCCGCACCCAGGAGAAGGAGCAGAUCAAGACCCUGAACAACCGAUUUGCUUCCUUCAUUGACAAGGUACGCUUCCUAGAACAACAAAACAAAAUGCUUGAGACCAAGUGGAAACUUGUGCAGGAACAGACCACAUCUCGCUCCAACAUUGAUGCCAUGUUCGAAGCCUACAUUGCCAACCUGCGUAAGCAGCUGGACAGCUUGGGCCAUGAAAAAGCCAAACUGGAAUCUGACCUGAAUCACAUGACAGGCCUGGUUGAAGACUUUAAAACUAAGUAUGAGGACGAGAUCAACAAGCGCAAUGAGUGCGAGAACAACUUUGUCCUCGUUAAGAAGGACACAGAUGCAGCCUACAUGACCAAAGUGGAGCUGGAGGCAAAAGUAGACGGGCUCUCUGAUGAGAUUGAGUUCCUGAGGCAACUCUAUGAUGCAGAAAUCAGUGAGCUGCAGAGCCAGAUCAAGGACAUAUCUGUUGUGGUGGAGAUGGACAACAGCCGUAAUCUGGACAUGGACGCCAUUGUUGCUGAAGUGCGUGCCCAGUAUGAAGACAUUGCCAACAAGAGCAGAGCAGAGGCUGAGUCAUGGUACCAGAGCAAGUAUGCAGAGAUGCAGCAGUCAGCAGGUAAAUAUGGAGAUGACCUGAAAUCUACCAAGGCCGAGAUCGCUGACAUGAACCGCAGGAUAAUGAGGCUCCAGUCUGAAAUUGACAUGGUCAAAGCACAGCGAAACAGUUUGGAAGCUCAGAUUGCUGAGGCUGAGGAACGGGGCGAACUGGCGGUGAAGGAUGCUAAACUGCGCAUCAGAGACCUGGAAGAGGCUCUUCAGAGAGCCAAGCAGGACAUGGCACUGCAAGUCCGCCAGUACCAGGAACUGAUGAAUGUGAAGCUGGGUCUGGACAUUGAGAUUGCUACUUACAGGAAACUGUUGGAAGGAGAAGAGAGCAGACUAGCAACUGGAAUCAAGACCACUGUGUCUAAGCAGACUUCUCUGAACUACAACGCCUACGGCCUAGAGAGUUCCCGCACCCCGUCCUACGCCAGCAGUUCUUUUGAUGGACUCAAGGCCGGCAGCGGUUCUGGCUCUGCCCUCGAGGGAGCAGCAGUGAAGAGCACCACAGUCACCAAGACCGAAACUGUGGUGGUCAAGACCGAAGAGAAGAAACAGGAAGAGGAGAAGAAGGAGGAAGAGAAGAAGAAGGAGGAGGAAGAGAAGAAGAAAGAAGAGGAGCAGCAGGAAGCAGCUGAGGAGCCGGCUGCUGAGGAGAAGAAGGAGCAGGAGCAGGUGGAGGCCGAAGCUGUGGCUGAAGAGUGAAAGUUUCAACAUCUUUUGACGGAAUUAUGAUUUUGGAGAUAAAGAAAAAGCACACCCUCUCUGUCUGUUAUCCACUUCUAAUAGUCAUCAAACAAAGGGUGUGUUUCAACUGUAAGAGCUGCGAAAACAUUUCUAUCUUUAAGGAAGUGGUGCGAAUGGAUAUUAAAGUUUCUUAAAAGAACUCUUGCAGGUUAAUGAGCUCUGUAGCCUGAGUCACUGCCAAUCAUGUUUCACAUUUAUUCAGCCAGCAGGUGGCACUGUUACACCUGUUUUCCCUUGCUGAGUCUCCUCCACACUCAUCCAACACAAAGCACUGCUCUCACGUCAACCCACACAGUAAUUCACACUGUAAUAAAACAUGCAAUAAAAAAAAAUGCUUUCGUUUUGAGAGACAUAAACUAUGGCAAUGUCGGAGCCAUUAUGCCAAACCUGCUGUACUUAAACAAUUAAGGGUGAUAAAGUCACUUAAGUCCUUGUGACUUCUGAUUUGAAUAAACCUUGUCAUUGUUGGCAACACCUGGAGUCUUGUAUGCACAGCAAUAAACCCUCAAAGAGAAAUUUG